AUAAGAAAAUUGUUGAUAAAAAAAUUCUCUGGUCUUCAAUGAAACCUGCUUAGAGGAACAACUUUUGCCAACCUAUUCUAGUAUAAAUCUAGGUAUAUAUAGGUAUAUUUUCCAUGUAUAUAUUUUUUACUUGCUCUUUCUGGUAUUCUGAUGAUUAAUUUUUAUUUAUUUUUUCAGUACUGCCACAAAAUCUCCAGGACCCAAAUCUAGAUGGAAGAACGCAGCUAACAUUGCCAUUUAAUUGGCUACUAGGAAGAAUGGCUUCCAGUAGAGAGCAGGAGGACUACUGGGGGGAGAGUGACACAGCUCCUGCAGCAUUGGACAAUUUUUUUGAUGAGAAUAGUACUGUAAGCUGGAGAGGGGCAAGUGAGUCAGGCGAUUACCUUGUGGACUGGAGCAAGCGUGUGAAGCCCACCAAGACUGUGCCUGCUGUUCAAGGGACAGUUGUCAGUCCUGAUAUCAGCAGCACCUCCUAUGUCAGUCCUGAUGUCAGCUGUAACCUCAGUGACAGCAUACUUGACAAUAUCACAACUGACAACCUCUCCAGCUCUAGUAUUAGUGAAGGUACUGUAGCCCAGCCCAGAGGUGUGGGGCGCAGUCUGGGAUCUCUGGGGGAGAAGCUCCAGGACUGGAAGCCUCCGAGCGUCAAGAAGUGGAGCCACGCAGGAGUGGUAGAGCGAUGCAGCGGCUGCAGCGCACUGGAGCAACAGGUGGCGCAGCUCAGCAACCAGCUGCAGGCGUCGUUUUCGCGUAGCCACGUGGCCGUGCCCGUGGCGGCCGCCGUCCACGCGAUGUGCACGGGGCAGCCGUACGCCCUUCACUGCUACAGGAGCCUCAGUGACAAGCGGGAGCUGCUGGCCGCAGCCCUGCGAGCCUCCCACACCAGCACCAUCAUAGCCGUCCUGGUCUUCUGCAGGAACACUCUCAGCAGGCAGCUGUUCCUGCAGGAGCUGCAGAGCAGCGCUGUGGCAGCGCAGAGCUACUUGGGCUACCUCAAGCAACGCCGGCAGUACAGAGAGGCCAUGGAGCUUCUCCAGGACCUGGGGCGCCACGAAGAGGCCGCCUUGCUGCGCUAUCGUCAGUGUCUCGCAAUCACCGACCACGCCAAGAAGACUGCAGCCCUCAGAACCCUGACCUCAUCUUCCCUCUCCUCCCCCGCCCUCACGCACUACAAGACACUCAUCAACGACCAAAUAGAUCUUCUGGAGCGACAAAAAUCCAUAGAUGAAGAGGAUUCGAAGAGCAGCAGUAAUGCUUUAUUCAAAGAAUAUCCACGUGCGUCAAGUGUGUAUGACAAGCCCCUGCUGACGACGCUGUACUACUGCGCCAUGUACCACUGGACCAACAGUGGCAGUCACUGCGCCCCUGCAGCCUUCAGGAGCGCGUACAGACUUACGGAGCGGCAGUUCCUGUGGGCGGUGGUGCGGGGCAGGGCGAGAGUCAAGCAUUACUUCCUGCCUGAGCAACUGCCCACUCUGCUCACCACCAGGACGGGCGGGAUGCUGGGCAGCCUGAGCGGGGCGCUGAGCGCCGUGAGCAGCUCCCUGGCAGGAGCGCCGCGCCCCUCGCUGCCCCUCGACCGCCUGCUGGACGCCCUGCACGCCGCUAGCGCCCCCCACGCCGUGCUGGCUGCGUAUCUCUCCCUCGUAGAGCCCCGGGAGCUGCGACUGCGUCUGGCGCAGCACUACGACGUUCGCUCUGCGGUUGUCGAGGCGCUGGUGGCACUCAAGGACAAGGCAGGUCUGCAGCGCUACAUGGAGCAGCUGCCACCAGGCUCCGCUGAAUAUGUCAAGGCUGACGCCGCCCUCAAGACUGGACGCUGGAAGUGAGGCUACCUGGCCGCGGUAUAAAAAUCAACCUCGAUUAUUUCGAAAUUUACGACGUAAGAAAGUUUUUGGAGUAAAGCGAAAAAAUUAGUCAACACAUUUUUUUAAUUUCUUUAAUUCUUGAGCCAAAUUCCUUGCCGAUUUCAAAGAAUUCAAUUAACUAUUUACAUUCACUGCACUCAAUUCUAGAGGAAACCAAAUGACUAAUUGUGAUCUAUGUAUGAAAUUUUCACCAAUAAUUCUACGAAUACCGUGUGGUUUAUAUUAUUAUAUUAUAUUGUUAUAUUCUACUUUAUUAAAUUGAUUCUUCAUUAGAGAAAAAUGACUAAGGAAUCGUUUCCUGCGUUCAAAUGUGCCCUCCUUCUGUUAUUUAAAUUCAUCUGGUGUGUUGAUGAGAUUUUGCUAAGUAUUAUUUUCGUCUUCUUAUAUGUAUGGCCCCUCAAGGGGGACUUCUGACGUGUGGCUGUGCUCGUCAGA